AUGUUGCUGCUGCUGUUGUUGCCUGCUGGCAGCAAUGCGGCUCAAAGUGGCAUGGUGCAAGCAAACUCUGGCGGCUGCACAUUUCACUCGCUCGACGGCGUUGCGUCCGAAAGCGAAGGUGUGCGCUUCAUCCGACUGCGCGAAGAUGCGCAGGUGGGCAAGGAAAUACUCAGACUCCAAGCGUAUCCACGUAGCAGUGUGGCGCUUAAAGGCGCCGAUCCCAGCGGCGAUCACAAGUACUUUAAUCUAACGGAAUAUAAUGCAACCACAUUGGUCAUUAGUCUGGCGCGUUCUUUGGAGCGUCUCGUUGAUCGCGAUGUGCCACGCAAUCUGCUGAAGUUUCGCAUACUCUGCGCUGGCAAAAAUGAAAAGUUGGAAGAGGGCAGCUUUCUUUCGAUCACAGUUUACAUUGAAGAUGUCAAUGACAAUGCGCCUGAAUUUCUCAAUGUGCCCUAUGUUGUGGAUGUGGACGAGAAUACGCCUGUGGAGAGCAUUAUCUUUGAGGGCGUGCAAGCCUUUGAUCGCGACAAGCCCAACACACCCAAUUCCGAGGUGCACUUCAGCAUGUCCACGGUGCCGGAGCAACUUGCAGCAGAUGGCAGACCUUACUUUGCUCUAAAGAGUCCGCAUCGUCCGCUGCUUAUACUCAAGCGUGAGCUGGACUUUGACAAUGGCAUCAGGCAGUUCAAGCUGCCCAUAUUUGCUUGGGAUCGCGGCACGCCCGCUAAUCAGGCAAAUACAACAAUUAUCAUCAAUGUGCGUGAUGUGGACGACUUGCCGCCAAAGUUUACUGAGGGCGUCUAUCGCACUCGCAUCAAUGAGUUCUAUCCCAUGACUGGCGCUCCCAUUCGCAUACCGCUCUACUUUGCUCCUCCCAUUAUGGCCUUUGAUCAGGACUCACUAAAUGCUACGCUCGUCUAUGAUAUUAUCUCUGGCAAUGAGCGUCAAUUGUUCAGAGUUAAUCCACACAAUGGGGUUAUGUAUUUGCAAAAAGAGAUUGAUCUGGAGGAGGAGAGCUUGCCGGGCAAUACAUUUGUCGUGCAACUAGAGGCUAGACAAAAGGAUAAUCCUCUAAAGAAAGCGCUUGCUCGCAUCGAAGUGGAAGUUCUCGAUCUAAAUGACAACGUGCCUGAGUUUGAAGCCGACUUCUAUAACAUUUCCAUUGUCGAGAAUCUGCCCACAGGCUUUAGCGUACUCCAAGUCAAUGCCAUUGAUCGCGACCAGGGCGAGAACUCUGAGUUUCUAUAUAAUUUAGUUGAAAACAAAAGCGCUGCUGGUGCCUUUCGCAUUGAUUCACGCUCGGGUUGGAUAACAGUGCGAGAUGAUCGCUUGCUCGAUCGCGAGCAGCGUCGCGCUAUACAGCUAAAGGUUGAAGCGCUGGAGCGCAAUCCUUCCUAUCUGGAUGACAAGCAUCUAAAGAAGCCUGGUCCCAGCCAUGUUCAAGUGGAGAUUACGCUGCUUGACAGCAACGACAACAAUCCCAAGUUUGAUCAUGGCAAUCUCUAUGAGUUCAAAGUGCCCAUCACAGCUGCAGUGGGCACCAAGAUUGGUCGCGUUUCAGCGCAUGAUCCAGACGAGGGCCCCAAUGGGCAGCUGCUCUACGAUCUGCAGCGUCCUAAGGGCAGCGGCUAUAUACCCUUUCGACUGGACAACAAAAACGGCACCAUUUAUGUGUCUGGACCGCUCAGGCGUGGACGCAUUGCUGUCUUUGUCGAAGCCAGCGAUCAGCCCACAAAUCCCUCAGAGCGUCGCUUCUCGCUGGCAGUGAUCACUAUAGAAGUUUAUGCUACCAUCGAUGAUCAGGCCAUUGAUUUUGUGGGCGCGCCCUAUGAGUUUUGGGUGGGCGCCAAUACACCGCUGGGCACUUCGGUGGGUCAAGUGCGCACCACUUUGAUAUACGAUGGCGAGGAUGAGAUUAUGUAUGAUCUGCUGCAUACAUAUUCGGAAGGCGUGCCAUUUGCCAUUGAAGAGCGUUCGGGCAUUAUCACAGUCAUCAGAGAAUUGGCAGAGUUCAAGCGACCGAUUUAUCAGUUUGAAGCUGUGGCUAACUAUCUGUUUGCCAACACAAAUCAAACGCUGCUCAUGUCGCGAUCCUCAAGUGCUACACAGCUGACUACAAUAGCCUCGCCGGAGCUUAAUGAUGAAGGCGUGCUCAUAACCAAUCUAACCAUACACAUAGUCAACAAACCAGAGCCUGAGAAGGUGCCGCUAAGACCUGUCAUCGAAGAAAUCAACAUGAACAUCAUCAACUUUCAUGUAGAGGAGAAUCUGGUGGGCGGCAUUAUAGGUCAGCUGAUGUACAAGAACGCUUUGAAUGUAGCCAAUAAUGAGCUGGGCAGCUAUCGUCAGCUGACUACAGCAGUGAGCAGCUCGACAAGUGGCAGCGGCAGUGGCAGCAACAAUUUAACGCUGGGCAGUCGCUUUCGCAGUCGCAAUCGAAAUCACAGCCGCAGUCGCAGCGCCAAGUCAAAGCGUCGACUACCGCGACGUUUGGUGGGCGAUGCGAAUAUAAAGCUGCGCUAUAUUAUAGCAAAUCAGCAGGAAGUGGUGAACAAGAUAACCAUUACAGAGGAUGGCACGCUGCUGACGCUUAUAGGACUCGAUCGCGAGCAACAGGCGAGCUAUGAGCUGACGGUUAUAGUGGAGUACAGCACGGGUCUGGUGAGUGGCGCUGGCAUUUAUCAGGUGAACAUUAAGGUGGACGAUGUUAAUGACAAUGCGCCCAAGUUUAAUGCGCUGACCUAUGUGGGACUGAUUAAUGAAAACUGCGCUGUGGGCACAGAGCUGUCGCUGAAUCAGGCAAUACAAAUUCUGGAUGCGGAUGAGGGCGUCAAUGCGCAGUUUCGUGUGCAGCUGCAAGGCGACUACAGCGAUCAGUUUAGCAUAGAGUUUGUUAAUGCCAGCAGCAGCGCCAGCAGCAGUACAGGUGCAUUCAAUAUAUUCAAUCUGACCGAUCAGUGGAAUGAUGAGUUUAAAUAUCAAGAGCUGCAUGCAAGUUUUAUGCAGUCAAACUUCAAGCUGAGCGCUGGGCCUUACUUUAAAGUAAGUUAUACAGGCAAGCGUGGCUUGGAUCGCGAAAAACAGCAGCUAUAUAAUCUGAAGAUUAUAGCUACCGAUACAGGUGGUCUAACAGGCUAUGCGCAUCUAACUAUCUUAGUCGCUGAUGUUAAUGACAAUGGACCUAUGUUUGAGCGCAUUUCGGUGUUCAAGGACUCACGCGUUGAAAUACGCGAGUAUAAUACAGACAUGGAGAUUUACUUUGUGGAAAGCAGCAAUGGCAUGCAACUGCCACCAGCAGCAACUGCGGCAGCAACUGUAAUGCUUGCACCACCGCCUUAUCAUAUACCCGGCUCACCCAGACUGCAUAUGGAUAGAGAUGGCGACAAGAAGAGUUUGCAUAUUGCGCCACGCACUAAAACACGCAGACGCUUGGAACGCGCGCUGGGCUACAAGUGUCCGCUGUUUGCCAUUUAUGAGGAUACGCCAGUGGGCAGCAAGCUGUUGCAGCUAAGCGCCAGUGAUGAGGACUUUGGACGCAAUGCGCAGCUGCACUACGAGCUGAGCGGUGAGCAGCUGGAGCGUGCGCCAGGCACGCCCAUGCUAAAGUUGCCAGCAGUCCGACAUUUUCACAUAGAUAAGCUGAGCGGCGAGUUAUCGGUUAAUUAUCCUUUGGCUGCCAAUGUGGAAAUAUGGCUUAAUCUAAGCGUUACCGAUAUAGAUGGACUUAAGGACACCACCUGCCUGCGCUUUACGGUCAUUGAUGUUAACAAUCAUGUGCCUGCUUUUAAGAAAAGCUGGUACAGCUUUGAUACAGCCGAGGGCGAUUAUAAGGACAGCGUGCUGGGCCAGGUGCUGGCUAUGGACAUGGACUAUGGCGAGAAUGCCAACAUUAGCUACAGCUUGAGUGAUGCGCAGCUGCCGUUUAGCAUUAAGCCCAGCUCGGGUGUGCUGAAGAUUCAUGGACAGCUCGAUCGUGAGCUGCGCUCCAAGUACAAUUUCCAGGUGAUUGCCAGCGAUAAUGCGCCGCCUGCGCAGCGUCUGUCGAGCAGCGUCGAUGUGGAAAUCAAUGUGCUGGAUGUGAAUGACAAUCGUCCUGAGUUCAUAGGCUAUGAUGAUCAAACGCUGGCAUCCAAGUACAUAGCUGAUGUGCCCGAUCGGGGCCUAAUGCUGCCCAUAUACAAAGCUUAUUUGGAUCGCAGCACUUUGCCUGGCAUGUUUGUCAAGCAGGUGGCUGCUAUAGACAAGGAUUAUGUUGGCAAUGGCAAUGGUCUGGUGCUUUACUCCAUACUGCAUCAGGAGUUGCAUGCGCCAGUGUUCCAGAUAGACUCACGCGACGGCACCAUUAGCACUAUAUCCAGCAUACGCGGCUACAAUGAUUAUGAGCAUCUAAACGUUUCAGUUAUAGCUUCUGAUCUGGGCAGUCCUUCGCUAUCGGCCACAGCUGUCGUGCUCAUCAAUCUGCAAGGUCAGGCAGUCACUGAGCCUACGCUGCCGCCCACCAGCAAGCCAGAGCCUCCAAGCAACAUCAGCAUCUUCCAGCAUGCCUACUAUGAUGUUCAGCUAACUGAAAACAACGAAGCGCCGCUUGAGGUUAUGCGUCUGAAUCUUACAGCUGGCAUUAAUCCAGAGCUCUAUCGCUGGUCGCUGUGGCUGGAAGAAGGCCUGGAUGAGUCGGAUGCACAUCCUCCGUUUGAAUACGAUGCCAAGAACAUGCUGCUCUAUGCGCUCAAGUGCUUCGAUCGCGAGCACAUCUCACGCUAUCAGCUGCGCGUGCGUGCGGAUCGGCUCAGUCUCACGCGUGAGGCACGCAACUACGCGAGGGUAGCUUAUCCCGUGCUGGAUGAGCGUGUCGAAGGUCUAAGCGCCAACGAGUGCCGUAUACUUGUGCGCAUUGCCGAUGAGAAUGACAAUGCGCCCAAGUUUCGUGGCAACGGUCAGCCCAUUGUUGCUGUUGUGCCACGCAGCGCCAGCUUUGGUUAUCCCGUCACACGUGUGCAUGCCUCCGAUGCGGAUGAGGGCUUGAAUGCAGAAAUACGUUACCGCUUGCUGAAUGAACCCACACGGCUAUUUGGCAUUGAUGAGCUCUCGGGCAAUAUCAGACUGCUGAGCGAUCUGCCGCUGGAUGAGCGCAUCUAUGGCUUUGAUGUCAAGGCUACAGAUCGCAUGGGCGCUGAUGAUGGGCGCAGCGGCAUAGUCAAUGUAUUUGUUUACAUUAUAGACGAAGCCAAGCAGGUGCGACUGGUUGUUGCCGGCGAGCCCGUCGAAGUGGAGCAACGCAUUGAUGGCUUAAUGGAAGCGCUAAGCGGCGCCAUAGGCAAAGAAGUGCGCGUGCGUCUGCUGGAGCCAAACUCAGCGAAUCUGGAAGCAGCCACCAAUGCCUAUAUCUAUGCCAUAGAUCCGCAUAGCAAUGCCAUUGUGGAAAUGGAGCAGCUACAAGACGCCUUGGCUGGUCUGCAACUCGACGCACUGCAGCUGCAACAUCUUCAACUCGAUGGCAUUAAGAGCAUGCCACGCAUUAUUGAGCUGGCUGAAUUUGGGCAGGCGCCACGCCCACACACACACGCCUCUGCCAGCAGCUUUAUGGGCGGCCUGGAGUUUCUCACCAUAUUGCUGCUGGCCUUGAUUGCCUUGGGCGCCAUUCUGGCUGCCUGUUGCUAUCUUUGUCUGCGACAAAAACGCCAGCUUUGGUCGCAGCGCGACUUUGCCGCCUCGGAAGCCGGUUUAACCUAUGCCAUAGCCGGCAUCAACAAGUCGCGUGCACAGCAGCGACGCCAGCAUCAGCAGCGGCAGCACUGCAGCAAGGGCAGCAACAGCAGCCAGCGUCGUCCCCAAAGCGCCUUUCUGCCCGAGAGUGUCUGCUCCUCGGCGCAAACGCAGUCGACAGCGACGGCCACGGAGAAACUGGAGCAGCAGCUGCAUCAGCAUCAUCAGCAGCAGGCGCUGGUCACACAGCAGCAACAUCAUCAGUAUCUCAAUGAUCAGCAGCAACAGCAGCACAGCCAGCGCGAGUACAUAGAUGUGCCGUUGCCCAAGUCCAUUGCCAAGGCAGCAGCUGCGGCAGCAACUGUUGCUGAUGCGCCAUUUGUGCUCAAAUAUAAUGCCUGUCAGCCUGUUAACAAUCUCAACAAUUAUGAAACUUCGCUGUUUUCGCUGCACUCGACGGGCCAGGACUCGGGCGUAGAGUUUCUCAGCAGUCGCGAGCUGUAUGAAACCUCACCCGACUCCUUUCAGCACAGCAGCUCCAAGCGCAUUAACAAUCCAGAGCUGCUCUGUCCACGGCAUGCCAAGGCUAAGCUCGAGCUGCGUCAGCAUUCCCAUACAGACAGCAGCGACACCUAUGAGGAUUCGCUGAAAACAGACGAGCCGCUGGUGGCGCACAAUUGUCGCAGCCUCAGCUGUGAUCAUCGACAGCAUCAUCAACAGCAUCCGCAUUAUCAGAAUACGCGAUUCGACAAGCGCAGCUCCUGUGUGCGUCAUUCAUUCUCUGGUGUCAAAGAUGAUCUGAUGCAAAAUUCACCGGAAAUAUCAUUAAGGCCGCGUGGGCAUGCUUUACGCAAUUCCAUGAAUGAUCUGGAGCAGCGUCUGCAUAACCUGGAGCAAUCGUUUCGACGUCCACUGGAGUUUAGUAAAUCCAACUCAUUGUUUUAGCUUUUAAUUUCAACCAAGUGCAAUGCUUAGUGUGU